AUGCCUGUUCUAUCACUUGACUGUUUGCCAGUUGAAUUAUUUCAUGAAAUACUAUCGUAUCUUUCUGGUUGUCACAUCUUAAAAGCAUUUUAUUCUAUAAAUAACUACUUGAAUGGUAUUCUCACUGGAUAUAAUCAUUACAUGUUAGAUUUAUCUGCAUCGGACAUCGGUAAAAAUGAGUUCGAUCUUAUUUGUUCAUUUCUACGAUCAGAACAAAUUGUUGGAUUGCAUCUUGGUCAAAAUCCUUUCGAUUUAGCUAAUCGAUUUCUGUCGAAUUUUGCUAAUCAACAACCAUUAACUCAUCUACGUUCGUUAUGGAUUGAUGAUACAAUCGUAGUUGAUCGAUCAUUUCUAACAAGAUUAACAUCAACCAUCGACUUAAAUAUACUCCUGUCAAUUCGUUUCGAUCGUAUACGUCAGAAUGACAUAGAUUUGUCAGACAGUUAUAAUUUUGAUUCUCUAAAACAUCUCACUUUACGUUCAAGCAAUCAAUAUUGCAGUUUAUCGAAAUGGGCUCCGACUCAUUUGACCUAUUUACAUAUGUUCUUUGACUCAAUUGUUCAUAUGGAUAUAUUAAUUCGUGCCAAUAUGCACCAACUGAAAUCACUCGGUAUUGGUAUACAUUGUGAUUCGAACAAUAUUCAAGAAUUUACAAAUGCAUUCAGUAAGUAUCAAUGGACACAACUAAUUCAAUUCAAUCUAAAUCUGAGUGGUAAGUGUGAACGUAACUACAUUGUCUGGUGA